GAUGGGAGGCAUUCCCGCCCGCAACGCCAAGGGGGAGAGGCUGCUGCUCUACGUCGGCAUCAUCGACGUGUUGCAGUCCUACAGAUUCGUCAAGAAGCUGGAGCACUCUUGGAAGGCCCUUGUACACGAUGGGGACACCGUAUCUGUGCACAGACCCAGCUUCUACGCCGAAAGGUUCCAACGGUUCAUGUGCAGCACCGUGUUCAAGAAAAUACCACUAAAGCCGUCCCCUUCUAAGAAGAGCCGGUCUGGCGCAGCGGUUCCUCGGCGGAGCUGUCAAGGAGUGCCUGCCCAGUUGCACGUGUUGUGCGAGACGAAAGCACAAGUAACGACAGAGGCGGAUGUAGAGCAAGGUUCCCACCUUGGUCGCCCAGACCUCCUGCCCAGGACCCUGCCGGUAGAUGAAGCUAACAGCGACUCCGUCGCGACAACCCUGUCCACCUCUUCCUUGGGCAGCGGGGGCCUCAACUCGCCCGCAAAUAGGUCAGUGGGCGUACAAGUGCAUAAAGUUGACAGCUCAGCAAAGGAUUUGACUAGAGCAGCUCCCGGCAUCUUCCUGUCUAGCGGGUCCCCAGGACCUUCCAUCCCCGAGCACUCCGCAGAGCUGAGAGAGCAGCUGGAGGACCUGCAGGAGACGGAGAUCAGCUUU